AGCGCCCUACGCUUCAGAGGACUGGAGUUUGCUGGCUUCUGAAACACCAAGAGGGUGAGAAGGCAGGCUGGACCAGACCCCGAGAAAAAGGAUAAGAAAAUUCUUUCAUUCCCAAGAGUUCAGAGGACUUAGACUUUUCAGAAGGCAGGUGGGAAACGAGCAAUCAAAGGUUCUGAGAAAACUGAGUUGGACUCCUCCCUGACCCCUCACUGUGGUAGGAUGAAUGUUGGGGUGGCACACAGUGAAGUAAACCCCAACACUCGAGUGAUGAACAGUCGGGGCAUCUGGCUGGCUUACGUCAUCUUGGUAGGACUGCUGCAUGUGGUUCUACUCAGCAUCCCCUUCUUCAGCAUUCCUGUUGUCUGGACCCUGACCAACGUCAUCCAUAACUUGGCAAUGUAUAUCUUCCUACACACUGUGAAAGGGACACCCUUUGAGACUUCUGACCAAGGAAAGGCUCGGCUUUUGACACACUGGGAGCAAAUGGACUACGGACUCCAGUUUACCUCUUCCCGCAAAUUUCUGAGCAUCUCACCUAUUGUACUCUACCUCCUAGCCAGCUUCUAUACCAAGUAUGAUGCUGCUCAUUUCCUCAUCAACACUGCCUCACUGCUCAGCGUACUGCUGCCUAAGUUACCCCAAUUCCAUGGGGUUCGUCUCUUUGGCAUCAACAAAUACUGAGGAAUGGAUUGAAGAGACCUCCACAGGAUUGCUGACAAUGUCCCAAGCUGCGUGCAAAACCUUGAAGGCCUCUUCAGCCCGAGGAUGAUGAUUUUUAUCAGGAUGAACCUACCAAAACACAGAAAUUUCUUCACAAAGCCAUUCUAGCCCUCCUCCAUAUUGGGUCUAUUCCCAUAUCAAACAGUUCUCUUUCAUUACCCUUUUGGAGAAUCAAUAGAGUUUAAUGAUUACUCUGCAGACAGGUCUGGGAAGGAAGUCCUAACUAUCAUUUUAUUAGGGCAUCAGCUACACUUAAUAUUCUAUGGCCUGGAAUAUUUUUAUUUGCCAUGGAUUGCUGAGGAUUAAAUUAGAAUACAUAUGAAGUAUGUUGCACUAAAUAUGGCUCUAGAGUGAGUAGCUUUCAUCAAGAAAACAAAUGGCUGGUGAGGAUGUGUAGGGAAAAAGGAGCCAAUAUUCACUGUUGGUGGGAGUGUGCUAUGGAAAGCAGUGUGAAGGUUACUCAAAAAGCUAAAAAUAGAAUACCAUAUGACCCAGAUAUACCACUAGGCAUAUUCCCAAAGAACUCCACCACACUUUACUACAGAGAAACGUGCUCAUCACUGUGAGUUCACAUUGCUCAUUGCUGUGAGUUCAAGGCCACACUGAGACUACAAAAUGAUGGGCUAGAGUGAAGCCCUACCUUGAAGAAAAGAAAAAAAAAAGUCCCCGUAUCU